AUGGGUAAAGAUAAGAAGAAGCAAAGAAAGCAAUCAAGCGAAGUUGCUGAAGUUGAAGAGCAAGUCGUCGCUUAAGAUUUUAUUAAACCUUCCAAGGGAGGCGCUAAGUUGGAUGCUAGCCAAUGGCCCUUAUUAUUAAAGAAUUACGAUAAGAUGAACAUCAGAUCAUCUCACUACACCCCCAUUCCUAACGGAUCUAACCCCCUAGCUAGACCCAUGGAAGAACAUUUAAAAUAUGGUGUUAUGAAUUUGGAUAAGCCUUCUAACCCCUCUUCUCACGAAGUUGUCGCAUGGGUUAAGAAGUUGUUCGAAAAUAUCACUAAGAUGGAAAAGACCGGUCACUCUGGUACCCUUGAUCCUAAGGUUACUGGUUGUUUGAUCGUUUGUUUGAACCGUGCUACUAGAUUGGUUAAGGCUCAAUAGAGCGCUGGUAAGGAAUACGUUGGUAUUGUUAGACUCCACAACGAUAUUGAAUCCGAACUCAAGCUCGCUAAGGCCCUCCAACAAUUGACUGGUCCCCUUUUCCAAAAGCCCCCUCUUAUUUCCGCUGUCAAGAGAGAAUUGAGAGUUAGAACUAUUUAUGAAUCUAAGUUAAUUGAAUACAAUCCCGAAAAGAAGAUGGGUAUCAUCUGGAUGAGUUGCGAAGCUGGUACUUACGUUAGAACCCUCUGUGUCCACUUAGGUCUCUUACUCGGUACUGGUGGUCAUAUGGAAGAACUUAGAAGAGUUCGUUCUGGUAUCCUCGACGAAAACUAAUAUCUCGUCACCAUGCACGACGUCAAGGACUCUAUCUGGAGAUAUCAACACUUCAAGGAUGAAUCUUAUCUCAGACGUGUUGUUUUACCUCUUGAAGUUUUACUUACUAGUUUCCCUCGUAUUGUCGUUAAGGAUUCUACCGUUAACUCUAUCUGUUAUGGUGCUAAGCUCAUGCUCCCUGGUGUCCUCCGUUAUGACAACAACAUUGAAAACGGUAAGGAAGUAGUUUUGAUCACCACCAAGGGUGAAGCUAUCGCUGUUGCUGUUGCUUAAAUGACCACCUCCGAACUCGCCACCUGCGAUCACGGUAUCGUCUGCAAGACCAAGAGAGUUAUUAUGGACAGAGACCUCUAUCCCAAGAGAUGGGGUUUGGGUCCUAGAGCCUUAAGAAAGAAAAACCUCAUCAAGGAAGGUCUCUUAGAUAAGCACGGAAAGCCCAACGAUUAAACACCUAACGACUGGACUGUUUUCUACGUUAAUGAAGAAAAUAACAACAUCCCCAAGCCUGAAGAAAAUUGA